UCUUCAAGGAACAUGACUGCAAAGGGGUGUUACCAAAGAAUUAUAUUGAAAUGGGGUGUAACCCACCGUCAUAAGUACAGUGUUCUUGGAUCAAAUUCUUUCUGUUGUUAGUAGAAGAUAUACAGCAGUUGGUGUUGUUUCAGUUCAUAAUAACCUGCUUUUUUGGAAGGUUUUUUAUUUUCUUUGCUGUUGAGAGAUAACUUACAGGAGGACUUCUUAUAUGUGAGAGGCUGCCACCGAAGAGGACGCACAAGGGAAGGAAGACGCUGGGGAUCACUUCUCCAUACAUAUGGCACAAAGGAUGUUUCAUGAAAGUGGGCAAGAAGGCAGAUCAGUCCUGGGAACAGUGGCAGUGCAGGUCGAAAGAGAUCCUAAGACAGGUGCCACCGUCAUCAGGUCAGUGGCCCCCGUAUCCACACCAGCUGGUGCAGCGACGGCUACCACCAUCUUCGACGAUGGCCGGAAGAGUAUCCACGCUGUCGGGGGAAUGGGAGCCCAACCCUCCACUGAAGAGCUCGGGCAGAUCUUGAGCGCUAUUGAUGGGGUCGGGAUGAAGGUGCUGCUGGAUGAUGUCACAGUCACGCCAAACAAGGCAGAGACAAAGCUAGAGAGAGUAGAUGUCAACAGAGCUCCAGAGGUAAAAGUCUGGUCAGAAGAGGACAACAAGCAGUUAGACAGCUCUAGAAGCUACGACUUGGAAGCUGAGCUGAAGAAUGAGAACUGUGCUGCAAUUAUGGGAAAAAAGGAGGAUAAGAAAAAGAAGAGAAGCAUCAUGGCAGUUAGAGACAAUGUUGGAGAAGUAGAAAACAUGGAGGAUCUGAGGUUGGAGGAAGGCCCGGUCACUCUUGUGUUCCUGGGAUACAGUGAUGCUACAACUGACAACGGUCACGGCCAGAAGGACAAUGAAGGCAUGCUCACUGUGGAACGAGUGAUUAUCACUGAGGAAGGAGAAGAACACGUCUUAGGGCCUGAUACAUCUGCUUCACCUCAGACAGGGAAAGAGUUGCAAGACAAAGUGUUUCAGGACAUUGCCCUGGAUGGAAAUGGGCCAGGAGUUAAAGUCCAAGAAGAGGGAGGCGAUAAGGUGCUGCGUGAUUCAUCUUCACCCAGUGUAGAAGAAGUAGAAGGCACCUCCAAGCACAUGACCUGUCAGUGUUGCUCUGUCAUGUAAGAAAAUGAUUGGAGAGCGAGACUCCCACAUCAGCGUAUCAUUUGUAAUGUUUGUGUCUUCCAUCCUGGCUGAUAUAAGAGAAUAUACCACCGUCUGUAUUAUAUUAGAACGGUUUUGGCUCUGAGCACCCACCGCUACACUUUGCCAAAGAAGGAGACAUUUAUUAUGUUGUAUGUCUUUUCUAGCAUCUAUGGACUGGCAACUGGUAUGAGGGGCUAUUUAAACCCACUUCCUCCCUCUGGUGGAUAAAGCUGAGAAUUUCAACAUGCUCUCCUGCAGGCAUGCAGAUACUUCUCACCUUAACUGUCUCCAUGCUUUAGGACAUGUUUUGUGCCAAAAGCAGUCCAUAGCCUAUGUUUAGCUUUGUUUGCUCUAAGAAUGGAAAAGGCAUAUGUUACAAGUAUUUGUAAUAGAAAUUAUGGUGUGUUUUAUUGUGUAACUUUAAUGUUAACAUGAGGUGAAAAAUAAUUGACUUGAAACCUCCUUUUGAUACUUUUAAAUAUGUACUGUCUUACCCACUACCACUCAGGGCUGUAGCUUAGGGAGCCAACUUUUGGGGGUUUUAAUGUCCUGAGGAGGAGUUUGUAUUCUACUCUAACUCCUGGGUCAGAUGUAUUUUAGUGUCAAAAUCCAUAGUUCAGCUUUUUGGGAAAUACCUUUAUUUGUUUUAACUUACUGUAUAGCUGCCCCUUGACACUGCAGCAUGUCGGGUUUUUUUGCAUGAAUUAAACAAACAAAAUAUCAUGUGUUCACCAGUGAGUUUUAGUUGUCUAGCUAGUAGGCAGGCUUUGUUACCUUUGUAUCACUGUAAUUCGGUAUAACAUUGAUUAAUUACAGUGGAUGUUAACUGGAACAUAAUUAUAAAACAAUAUAAUUAGUA